AAGUCUAGCCAAAAGGCCCAAAACCAAAAACUGGUAAACGUGAUAACCGAUAUAAUAAAUCAUCCAAUCAUCCAAUUUCUUCUCAGCUCUAAUAAAAAUAGAAGAAGCAGUAAAAGUAAAACAAGUACAAAUUACCAACACCGAAUCAAUUCUCAGAUCUCAAAAUAUAAAAAGAUACAUUUAUUUUUAGAACCAUAUGUUGUUGUUGAUGCAGAUGGUUCAGUUGUGAGGAGGUGUUGCUAAAAACAGAAAUUAGAGAAGUCGAAAAUCAUUGAUAGAAAGAAUUGAAAGAAGAAGAAAAGAAAAGAGUGAAAGAAAGAAAGAAAGAAAGAAGGGUAAUGGCAAUGGGAAGUAUAAGCGCGGAAGAUCUGUCAACAAUCGGAGGAAUCGCGACGGUAUCGCUUCUUCAUUCCUUCAUUCCCACCCACUGGCUCCCUUUCUCCAUCGUCGGCCGCGCCCAGAAAUGGACCCUUUCCCGCACUCUCCUCGUCACUGCAUUUGGAGCAGUUUUGCAUGUGGUAUCCACGUCACUUCUUGGUAUAACAGCAAUCACCAUGGCAAAUACUAUUGCUGGUGAAGAAACAGUGCAUAAGCUAGCUUCACUUUUGCUUGUAAUUCUUGGUGGUAGUUAUGUCUUGCUGUUUCUGUCUGGAAAGGGUGGUCACAGUCAUUCUCAUAACCAACCCAUGGAGAAAAUGGCUGUUGCUGGUCUUGUACUUGUUCCUGCAUUGUCACCCUGUGCAACCACACUUCCUGUAUUUCUUGCUGUUGGAAAUUCAUCUUCAAUGAUGGUGCUUGCUAUCAUUGUGCUGCUAUUCAGCACCAUAACUGUGAUGACCUCGCUUGUGGCUCUAUCAUUUUAUGGUGCCAGUCAGCUCAAAUUUCACUGGGUGGAGCGGUAUGACAAACUUCUUGUGGGUUCUGUGCUAUGUUUGGUAGGAAUUUUGACACUUAUAUUUCAUGAUCAUGAUCAUGGACAUGGACAUGGACAUGGAGUUGAAGGUAUUACUGGAGAGAAGCUGCAUAGGAAACUCAUUGUUCUAUGAAGAUUUUGAUUCCUCCUGUGUACUCUGGGAAAAGUUCACGGAAUGUCUUCAUCUGGAUCAAGUAGAAAUGGAUGUAAACUAUGUUCCAUACUGACAUAUAUAAGUAUUGUAAUUGUUUUGCUCAAUUUGAUUGUUCUAAUCAUAUGAUAAUCCUUGUGUAA